UCUUUUUUGUUGCAUUGAAUUUCUGGAGCAAUAGAACUUUAAGGGGCUAUCCAUUGUGGCGUUGCUGUUAUUUCAACAUCAGCUUUUUUACUCAAUGCACAGUUAUCUGCAGUGCACAGACAAGUCAUGUUCAGAGUGAAAGGACGUCAAGACAGCACUCAGUCCGGAUAUUCUCGUGUCUUGAGUGAUCGUUGAGGCGGACCUAAUCCACUUUUGAUGAACUUUGUUAAUAGACUUCCUCCCGUUAUCAUCAAACUAAUGGGUUUAAUUCUAUUGGUUUCUCGCACACGACUCUUAGCCCGCCCCUUGCAUCCUUGUACGAGUAGCAUUUGUCAAUAAAUUGUCCCCGUGGUCACAAAACUUUAGACACUAAACUUCUUUCCCACAAUUUUAGAAAACCUGUGGUACAUCUUUGUUAGCAAUAAUGCCCCGACACCAAAGCCAAUUGAAUACUAGUUGCGAGUUAAAGACACAUACAGACUUUGUUGGUUACAGAAAUGCGAAAGAUCUGAGCUGCGAAGAUCCAAACGGUUCGCUGCAUUUACUUAUUGGGCAAGGAUCCCCCGUGCAGACAUUUAUUCAGAGCCAAGCGUUCAGCACCAGGAGAGUGCAGGACAAGGCGCAAUGUGCUCCAUGUGCCAUGGUUGAACUUCGGAUCCCCAGCACUCCGGGGUACCUAGACCGAGAUCCUUGUGCCUUAGCUCGGGCGCAGAAGCGGCGGCGUCUGGCUGCCAACGCCAGAGAGAGGAGACGGAUGUUGGGGUUAAAUCUAGCUUUCGACCGUCUGCGGAGCGUCAUUCCGACUCUUGAGUGCGACAAGAAGCUGUCAAAGUCGGAAACCCUUCAGAUGGCUCAAAUAUAUAUAUCGACUCUCACAGAGAUUCUUCAGGACAGGAGAACCCCGCCGGAAUUCGAGGAAAACGAGAGUUUCAGCCCUGAGCCAGCGUCCCCGGAGAACCCAGCGAAGGAUCAAACUGUGUCAUCCGAUGAUGUGGCAGAACAAAAAAAGAGACGAUUGCCUCCGACCACCUCCGAACCAGUAGCAGAAUACAAGGUGGAAAGAUGUAAAGAUGGAACAGAAACUUACGACAGAGACCGCAAAAGCCAAGCCCAGGAGACUAAGAUGACGGGUUUGUUAAACCUCUGGGAAAGACCUAGCGGUACUAAAUGAAAUGGACUGAACUGGGGUGGGGGCUGUGGGUUAUCUUUCGCCGUUUUACACACGACUAAACCAUGGUCUGACAUAUUUAAGCAGAUGUAAAAUGCACGUGCCAUUACCGUGUUUUUCAGUUUUAUGUACUUAUUCAAAACGUCUGCACCGUUAGGUAUUAUUAAUGAUCGAACUGAAGGGGACAAAAUCAGUCAAGUUUAGUUUUUUACCGACGGUUAAAGCAGACUUAGUAUUUCUAUGAGUACAUGAGUACAUAACUAAAAUGAGUACAAUAUAGUAAAAAUACUUGUAUGGCAAAACCGUAAUACAAUUUGUUCUGUUUUUUUUUAAUCGCUUCAAACUUUGAAAACUGUUAUUACGCCCGAGGGCAGUUUUCCGUAAAGGAAUAUUUCUAUAUUUACCUAGGUGUAAGGUCUAACAUUUCUGUGCGCUUGUCUUUACUAUCCAGCGCUACGUCACCCAAAUAAUUUGCUACAUUAACUAAGUCAUAGAUUAUAUUAUAUAAUUGUGAAAAGCU